AUGACCGACGGCGAGGGCGUGGGCGCGGAGCAGCGCCCGCCGGAGGAGCGGGCAGCGGACGCGGAGCAGGCCAAGGGCGGCGCCGCAGCGGCUGAGGAGGCGGCCGCCGAGGCCCAGCAGGCCGGGGCCGGCGGCGGCGCGGUCGCCAACGAGGGAGACGCGGACAGGAAGGAGAAGAAGAGCAAGAAGGAGAAGAAGGAGAAGAAGCCCACGAAGUCUGCGAAGAUGGGCUUCAUCCAGGACGAGGAGUUCGAUUGGAUUUGGAUCGGGGACGCAGAAGAUGCCCGUGACGCCGUUGCUCUCAAGAAAAACAACGUCCGGUACAUUUUGAAUUGCACUCCGCCGCGAACGCAGGGCGGAGUGAUGAAUUUUCACGACAAGGAUCCAUCUUUCGAGUAUUGCCGGCUGUCCAUGGGGGACAAUUCCACGGAGCAGCUGGCGAGCCGCUUCCAGGCAUCCUGGGACUUCUUCGAGAAGGCCCGGAUACGAGAGGAUGGCGGCGUCCUCGUCCAUUGUCAGCAGGGUGUCUCCAGGAGCGUGUCCAUGGUGGUCGCCUACCUGAUGAAGCAUUACAGGAAGGAUUUCGACGUCGCCCUGUCGCUGGCGAAGAGCGCCAGGGCGCAGGCGUGCCCGAACGAGGGCUUCACGGCGCAGCUGAAAGCCCUUGACGAAGAGCUCAGGAGCGGCAAGCAGGCCUACGAGAAGGUGCCGCCGAAGCGGGCGAGGCUGCAGAACCCGAGCAUGGUCGGCCCCUCCCUGGGCCCCACCGUCGCGGCGGGCCCCUCGAGAGGACCCGUCGGCCCUGGCGCGCGAGGGCCGCCCGGCCCGGCGCGCGGUCCCGUCGGCCCGCAGGGGCCGCAGCGCGGGCCGCCAGGGCCGGCCGGCCCGCCGCCGGGGGCCGUCGGAGGCCUGCGCGGGGGCCGGUGGGGCCCGCGAAGCCGCCAGUGGGGCCGGCGAGGCCGCCGGGGCCCGAGAAGCCCGAGGAGGGGAAGCGGGCGGAGAAGCGGAAGGCCACAGUGGUGGGCCCCGCCCGGCCCGCCGCGGGGCCGGCGCCGCCCCCGGCGGCAGGCCCCGCCGGGCCCGCGGGCCCACCGAAGCCGAAGAAGGCGAAGACGGUGGACCUGA